GACACCGAAAUUCGCCCCUCAGAUUCAACACCACGGGUUCUAUCCUAGUCUUUGGACAUUUGGACUAAGUAUGCACGGUCAUCAAAUUGGAUCACCUGAACUACACCGUCGACGUAUGCAACUACGUGCGGCUCAGCAUCCCCAAGAAUCCCAUCGAGGAAGGCGCGCCGUCUGAGCAAUGUGGCGAGGAAGUUAUCUUUGGGUUUGUCCGGAGAGUGAUAAUAGGCUCUUUCAGCCUUCUGGGCGAAGUCGGACCUAUCGACCCAGUCAACCCUGUUCUGGAUAUCUACCCCCACGUUGUCCUGGACGAGCAGGAAGGAUUCCGGACUCGCGACGGUCUCGCCGAGGAAUCGCUUAUUCCAAUUCCAACGCUCUCUGCAUCAUUUCAAGAACCUACUCCUGA